AUGGGUAGUUAGUGUUAAUGUCAAAAACCAGAACUCUAACUCAACUAUGAAGAAGUCAAUCCACAACACUCUAAAGUAUUAUAGGAAUCUAUUGAUAAUGAUGAUAUCUUCAGUGAUUUAAUUCAAUAACACUGUUCAUUGUACUAAUAUUAAAAUGGCUCUUUGCUUACAUCCAAUAAACCAUUAUCUCCUAGAUCAUAACAUUAAAUUUUAUUUUUAGAACCUAAAGACUUAUUUGAUGAAGGGAUAAAUUAUCAGCCCAUUAUUUUACAAGGAAUUUUGACUUCAAGAAGUGACCAAUAAGAAUAAUCAUAUGAAUCUCCAUAAACUGAAUUUAAUGGAAAAGACAGAAUCAAAAAAAAAGUAAACUUCUUAAAGUGA